AAUAAUCAAAUGGUAACCAAGUUCAUAAUCUUCGAUGGAUAUGUAGAAGGUAUUACAAAUAUCCUUGAUAUAUUUGAAACACAAUUACAACCUGAUUAUCAGCCCGAAAGCUUUAACAAUGGCAUAGAUCGAAUGUUGGCCAUAUUGAAUACCUCCGGCACAACUGGCAAACCAAAGGCAGUUACCAUUUCGAGCAGUCGAAAGAUAUUUGAUCCAUACAGAUAUCUCUGUCAAAAUGAUGUACAAUAUGCGGCAACUCCCCUAAACUGGGUGUCUGGCUUGGUAGCUUUGAUAACGUCUGGAGUGUACGGAACGUUACGAAUUAUUUCCAAAGAAGCUUUUAGUGCCACUUCAUUUUUGACCUUGUGUGGAGAAUAUAAAAUCACUUGGACUGUGGUGGCUACCCCUUACAUUGCUAUGAUAGCGAAUAGUAAGGAGGUGAAUGCCAAGCAACUAAGUAGUCUAAAGUAUAUACUGUACGCAGGAGAUCGAUCUCUAACUGGGACAUUGCAAAAAAUGCAAUCGUAUUUGCAAUGUGAAGGAAUUCUUCAUCAAGUUUAUGGAAUGACAGAGUUAGGUUGCGGGGCCACCUAUAACUUUGGUUCUCAAUCAAAACUGUCAUCGGUGGGUCUAAUCCAACGUAAUAUUCGCAUGCGUAUUGUAAGCGAAAGUGGUCAAGCUUUAGGACCGAACGAACGGGGAGAAAUCCACUGUCAUCUUGGACAACAUUGGGGAGGAUACUUCGGAAAUGCACUAGCCAGGUCGGAGGUACAGGACUCGGAUGGAUGGAUUCAUACGGGAGAUUUGGGUUACUUUGAUGAUGAUAACUACCUUUAUAUUGUGGGUCGAAAAAGCGAGUUCCUUAGAUUUGCGAUGGAAAUGUAUUAUCCACGUGAGAUCGAGGAAGUCAUAGCUCAAAUGCCGGAAAUCUCUGAAGUUUGUGUCUUUGGCAUUUGGAAUGAGAUCGACGGCGAUGCAGCAGCUGCUUCGGUAGUAGCUAAAGCAGGUUGUCAAUUAACAGCCAAUCAAGUGUUGGAGUUUGUUGCGGAAAACAUCAGCGAGAACUAUAAACAGCUGCAUGCAGGAGUUCAGAUCGUCUCAAAUUUGGCUAAAAAUCUUAACGGAAAAGUAAAUCGGCAGGCCGUAAAAGAGGAAUUUCUCAAGGCAACAGGACAAAUUUGAAUUAUAUAAUUCUCGCGUAAUUUUGAUGCUCAGUUGAUGAUGAAGCUUACUUGGAAUACCAACGGUUUCAAUAUUUUCCUUUGUUGUGUUUUUUAACUAUAUGUAAUUCUUACAAACUGACGAUUUGAUAAAUCUUCAACACAAAUUUUCAGGAAUCA